GUCAGUGUUGUCAAUUGCAGUCAGUUGUUAAUGGUAAAUGGUGACAAAUUACAAACAUUCUUUAACAAUAUUAGUGCAUUAUUUGGUCAUUACAAAGUGUAAAAUUUCCAGGGAUAUGUCAAGUAGAUAAACAUAAUUUACAAUGGCAACAGAAAAUCAGCAAAUGUUUAUGAAAUUCAAGCAACUUUCCACAAUACAAAAGGAUGACACAAACGUGGAAGUACGUGUGGAUGAGGAACAAGGGCUCAAGUUGCAAGAGAUUAUAGAUUUACUGGUUGCUGCAGGCUAUUUCCGAGCCAGGAUUAAGGGUUUGUCAUCUUUUGAUAAGGUAGUUGGUGGUAUGACCUGGUGUAUAGAAUCCUGCAAUGUAGAUCUGGAUGUUGAUUUACUAUUUCAAGAAAACUCAACAAUUGGACAAAAGAUCUCACUUACUGAGAAGAUUGUAGCAGUUUUGCCAAAAUUGAAAUGUCCACAUCUAAUUGAGCCACAUCAAAUCCAAGGCUUGGAUUUUAUUCAUAUAUUUCCUGUUAUUCAAUGGCUUGUGAAAAGAUCUAUGGAAUUUCGUGAAAAAAUGUCUGCUUCUCUCCGAAGAUUUGCUAUUAAACAAUUCAAUAGGGAUUUUGAUAAUUCUACUGUUGAAUCAAAGAAGACUGACGAGAUUUUUGAGAAUUUGUGUACAGUCAAUGAAAUGUACCGUCCACAUAGAUAUUAUAAGAGAAAAACUAGUCAAUCUGAUAAUAUAGACUCUAACAUUAAAAUUACUCUGUUAGAGUAUGGUUUGAGAGGUAGCAGAAAUAUAGCUCAGAAUAAAAAAGAUAAUGGCGUUGAAGAAAGUACUAGUGAUCAAUAUGAUCAGAUUUUAAAUAACAUGGCAGUAAUGAAUGAUGAUUUCUUUUUAUAUGAAGACUUGGUUUCUCAUGAUAAGGAAAGAUUAUUGAAACAUUAUCUAACACUGCAAACUGAAAUAAAGGAAGACAAUUUAAGAUCAAGUGAAGAAGAAAAGCUGCUAUUGUUGGAAGAAAAAAGGAAAAUUUUGUUAGAGUAUUGUGACAAGUUAGCACAACAAAAAGAUAAGUGGAAUAAAGAAAUAGUAGAUUGUACUGCCGAAUUAAAAUUGUUCAAGCGAGAAAAACAAGAAACGGAGAAAUCAUUACACGAAUUAGAAGAGUCUGCACAAAAACAUUCCAAUAUUAAAGAGGUUGAAGAUUUAGUGAUUUUAAAUGACGAUUUACGGAGUCAGGAGUUGCGAUUCAGGGAACAUUGUAAACAAGAACUUGCAAAAUUGCAAGGUUUAAUUGAAGAAACGAAAAAAGCUAAAACCCCUGUAAUUAAUGAAGAAGAGAAUCAGAAGGAAAUUGACGAAGAAAAUGAAAAUUUGCGUCAGUUCAGGUUGCAAGUUGCUAAGAAAACCAGAAUAGUCGCUGGUUUGCAACGGCAAUUGGAUGACGUUCCUGGCAGAGCGGAGCUAGCACAAUACCAAAGUAGAUUCAUAGAACUAUUCAAUCAGGUUGCAGCAAAGCACAAGGAAACUAAACAAUAUUUUACUUUGCAUAAUACUCUUGAAGACAGCAAGCAGUAUAUGAUUAAGGAAAUGUCAUUGCUCAAUUCAAUAUCUGAUAGUUAUCCAAAAGCUAUGGAGACAAAUAAUGGCAAGGAGGAAUUUCUAACGGAGUUUGAGAAGAUCGGGGAGAGUGUUAGAUUAUCUAAGAUGAAACUUGAUAGAAGACUUUCCGAGGAAAAGCACAAACGUGAUCAACUUCAAUAUAAGCUCCAAAAUCUCUUGGAUCUUCAAAGGAAAUAUGUUACUGCUGUCAGGAAUUUAAGCAUUGAAUGCAAAAGGCAGGAAGGCAACGUAAUUCAUUAUGCUUGAAUACUUUUAUAUGCAAUUUUAUGUGUAAAAAUUUAUAUCAAUAUUCCUAUUGCUUGUAUUAACCUUCAAUAUUUUUAAUAAGAAACAUAAAAAAUUCUAAAUUUUACAUAAUCAUCUAAAUCUACUUAAUAACCAACAAACAACCCGAAGCCAUACAUUAAGUAACAAUGUGUAUAUAAAACCGGAGAAAAAAUGAAACACUGACAGAAUAAUUGAAAAUAAAAAUUGUCCAGUUUUCUCAACCGAACAAUUAGUAAAAAUGGUUUCAUUUAUAUCAGGGGUGGCCAAAGCGUUGGCCAUGUAACUAUUCCUAGUCGCAUGCCUGUCUAAUAUGUACAAAUCAAACCACAAUAUAUGUGAAAAAUACGGUAAUAAAAUUCAAUGUAUCACGCAAUUGAAUAUCAAAUUGAAUAGUGUAUAAUUUCGUAUCACGAAAAUCCGAUACGAAAAAGUUGGUUUGAACCUCAAAAAACAACAAAAAAUGAUUGUGACACAACAAUCAUUUAUUGUGUCCAAUCACUAAAUUAUAGGACUAUGACAUAUAAAAAAAAAUAUGCAGAAUAGACAGAUCUUCUUGUAUCAUGAUACAAAUAUAAAUUUAUAUUUGUAUUAUGAAUCUUAAUGCUAUAAUUAUACUUGUAUAAUGGACCAUAGCAGUAUUUUUUUUCAGCUACCUUUGGAAUCUAUACAGACAGCCACCAUUGGCUGCCAUCCUGAUUUUUUUUUAUAACAAGCAGUCAAAGAGAUGACAAAAAUAAAUGCAGUUGCUGUUUUGAUGAAGUUUAUUCUGUACUGUUUUGUCCUGUUAU